AUGGCUAGCAACUCUGUGGCAAAGGAACGUGCAGGGGCAGAGAUUGUGUAUGGCUCUGAAGAUUGUCAUCGCCACUCCAUAGAGCUCUUGGAAGAGCUUGGUUUCCCCACUGGUGUUCUUCCCUUGAAAGACCUUGUGGAGUGUGGCAGAGUUAGAGAAACUGGGUUUGUGUGGAUGAAACAGAAGGCCCCAUAUGAGCAUUUCUUUGAGGGAACCAACACAAGGGUGAGUUAUGCUGUAGAAGUCACUGGCUAUGUUGAGAAGUUUAAGAUGAAAAAGAUGACAGGCAUUAAGAGCAAGCAAAUGCUGCUAUGGGUGUCAAUAACUGAGAUGAGCAUUGAAGAUCCAAAGGGAAAGAAAAUACUCUUUAAGACCCCUAUGGGGAUUGGAAAGUCCUUCCCUUUUAAGGCCUUCAUGAACCAAGAGGAACAGGAGAAGGAUAUUAAAGAAAACAAGUAA